AGGAAGGUAGGAGUCAGAUUCAGUUGCCCCAGGACUCUCGGACAGGACAGACAAAAUGGACGCCAAACUGGUUUGCCUUUUGGUCCUCUCCGCUCUGCUUGUACCUGCUCAGCUUGACAAACAUGGGCACGGCCAAGGGCACGGAAAUGGGAAAAAACAUGGGCACGAGCGUGAGCGUGGGCAGGGGCAUGGGCAUGGGCAUGGGCAUGGACCUGGAGAAAAGCAUAAAGAGAUUGAAAAACGAAAACCUGUGGUGGAUUAUGAUUAUGAGGCAACAGAUCCCCCAAGUGAGGAAGAUACUAUCGAUUGGCUGAUCGACCUACAGUAUUUACCAGACAAGUGCGACCCAAACCCCUGCCUCAACAACGGCGUGUGUGAGGCGAAGAACGGCAAGUUUAAAUGUGACUGUCCCAAACCCUUCAAGGGAAAGAAGUGUCAGAGAGCGGAGAGGAUUUGUAAGAAAAACAGAUGUGGACACGGACUGUGCGUCCUGACUUCAAAGCCUCCGUACUACGAAUGCAAGUGCAGGGAUCCGUUCCAGCUGCCGAACUGCAGAACAGUGUCGGUGUGCAAGCCCAGCCCCUGUAAAAACGGGGGGUCAUGCAUCCCAGACGAGAAUAAAUUUAAGUGUGCCUGUCCAGACACCUUCAGCGGAAAGUUCUGUCAUGUUGGGCCGGAUGACUGUUACAAGGACAAUGGGGAGUCCUAUCGAGGCAUGGUGAGUGAGACUGAUGACGGAGAUGACUGUCUGUUCUGGAACUCCCAUUUCCUCCUGGACAAAGGCACUGACCCGUUCACCAUGUACGAGAAUGAGGACGGGCUCGGACCCCACAACUACUGCAGAAAUCCUGAUGGGGACACAAAGCCCUGGUGCUUCAUCAGACAAGGGAAAAGGCUGAAAUGGGACUACUGCAACGUGACGAAGUGUCCCACAACCCCAGUUGGCCCAGACGGGUCCGGAGAGGGACCACCCCCUCCUGUACCUGGAGAGGUCGUGACCCCACCUGGACCUGUAGAGGUCGUGACCCCACCUGGACCUGUGGAGGUAGUGACCCCACCUGGACCUGUGGAGGUAAUGACCCCUCCUGGGCCUGCAGAGAAAGUAACCGCUCCCGCAGUAGUUGAGGUGAAGCCACCAACCGAACCCGAAAAGCCUCCAGCUCCACCCACAAAGCCCGUCGAAGGCACUACAGGGACUAAUCAGACCACCGGGGACCGUGGGAGAGAAUUCGCCACCUGCGGGAAGCCCCAGCCCAGCCGGGUUCUGCAGCGGGUGUACGGGGGUAUGAAGGCCAUCCCUGGGGCCCACCCGUGGCAGGUGUCCGUUCAGGUCCGACCCAUAGGUUCCCUAUGGAGCCAUCAGCACAUCUGUGGGGGGGUGCUCAUCAAACCUUGCUGGGUGCUAACUGCUGGUCACUGCAUAGACCAACAGAAAUCCAUGCAAGUAGUCCUGGGCGGGGUGAACUUAGCGAAGGUCGAGCCCUCAGAUCAGACCGUGGAAGUGGAGAAGGUUAUCGUUCAUGAACAUUACCGUGAAACUCCGGCCGCGGUUUACAAUGACAUUGCUUUGCUGAAGCUGAAAGGGGCCGAAGGUCACUGUGCCAAAGAAACACAGUUUGUGAAGACGGUCUGCCUGCCCAAUUCGACGUUUCCGGACGGGACCGAGUGCACCAUAUCUGGAUGGGGAGCCACCGAAACAUCCAACUACGGCUCAAACCAGCUGCUGGACGCGAAGGUGCAGCUCAUCCCCCAGCAGCGCUGCGUGUCUCCAGAGGUUUACGGCCCCGUGGUGGACAGCGCCAUGUUCUGCGCGGGCUACCUGCAGGGCGGAGUCGACUCCUGCCAGGGGGACUCCGGGGGCCCGCUGGUGUGCGUGAAAGACCAGGUCCACUACGUCUACGGCCUGGUGAGCUGGGGCGACAGCUGCGCCAGGCAGAACAAGCCCGGAGUCUACACCCGCCUCACCCACUUCAGCGGCUGGAUCAACUCCCAAAUCGACAAGGCGUAGCCAGCCGAUCGGCCCUCCUCCGCGGGAGAGCGCCGCUCCCUGUGCCAGUAAAUAAAUGAGAAAGACCA